AUGGGACUGUUUCUGCAGAAGCUGGAGAAGAGCUUGCGACUGUCCACACGUGCACAUAUCGUCGACCUGCCUCUAGACACUGGUGCCGGUGGGUUCUGCGCUGUACAUCCUCUGCGCGACCAAGAGACGUGCGUGGCCGGCGGCUGCGGUCUCUCGCUGGAGCAGCAGUUGCUCGUCGACGUGCUGAAGCAGCUCUACAAGAUUCGAGAGGAGCGCGAGAAGGACGAACACCAGCGCCGGAGCAGAGCGGCGGGGCCAUCGCACGACCGCCACGUGGUCGAAUUUCUGGACGAGUUCGUCAAGGUGGUGGCAGUGUGCCAGGCGGUGCUGUCGCAGCGCGCAGGCGAGGCCCCCUCGGCUACUGCUGCGGCCAACCGAAAGCGAAAACUCGACUCGGCCAGCAACGACGAGGAGGAGAUGAAGUGGGAGCAAGAACGAAAAGAACAAAGGGAAGAGGUGGAAGAAGAAGAAGACAACGAAGAGGAGGAAGACGUACAGAUCCGGGACCUGCUGGCCCACCUGCGCAAGCGGGCUAAGGUGGUCGUGGGCGACAAGGUGUGCUGCGAGCACCGCGAGAAGGGCGGACUGCAGGCGAGGAGCGAGAGAAGCCUCGGCUGCUGCGGAGGACCGGCGGCUGUGGAGGUCGGUGUGCCUGGGCGAUCACAGGAGGGCCUGUGCGUAGUGACCCUCGUGCAGCAGGUGGUCACCACCAUGACCGCAGCAGCGAACCAUGGCCGCAACAAACGAGGUUGGAUCUCGUCGGCGGCACUGGACAAUGGAUGGUCCGGGGGCGUACAAGAAAAGAGGAGGCGAACGGUGGCCACCACGGACGGGUGCAGUCCACCAGCCGGCCGCAAACGCAAGUGGGCUGAGGAUUGGGGAGCUGCAUCGGCAGUCCGCGCGCGGGGCACCCUACGCAGCACUGAGAACACGAAGGGCCACAACAACGAUAACGACAUCUGCAACAUCAACACCAACACCAUCGCCGCCACCAACAACUGCAACAAUCAGGAGAAGAGGAAAAAGCUGGGCAUCGCUAUUGUCGUAACUCCCGCAGGUAUGCUGACGAUGAAAUCAUCUCGUGUUUCGUCGGCGACCCCCCUCCUGUUCGCUUGUCUCCUCGUGAGCUUGCUGGUCUCCGGCGCUCGUGGACAGCAGAACUGUACGCUAUCUGUGGACGCGUCGUGCUUGUCUUCGAUCCCUCUCCCCAACCUCGUCAACUCUCUCUACAACUCGACCACCACAAACGCGCUGAUUCAGUCCUACUACGCCAGCAAUGGCGCGUUUGGUCCCACCUACAACUGGAACAACGCGUACACCUACGCUGUUACGAACUUUGUUAGCGCCGCCUUCUCCUACGUCAUUUACGACCCCAUCUACGUUAGCGGGAAACGAGCGCAAAUCAACAACAUCAACAACUUGGUGAUCCGUGAGAUCUGCGGUGCCGUUGGUGACUCAGGAACGGUGACCACCUUUGCGAACAACUUCGCCUCAUGCGUCCCCCACGUCCUCGAACUCGCGGACGCCCUCCCCGACGCGCACGAGCACGCCGUCGAACACGCCGAGUCCCACGUCCACGCCGUCGAACACGCAGAGUCCCACGCAGUCGCCCUCGAACACUCCGUCGCCGACCAACUCGCCCAGCGAGUCGCCCUCGCCGAGCCCCUCCCAGUCGCCCACCCAAUCGCCGACCAACUCGCCCACUCAGUCGCCGACCCAGUCGCCCACCAGCUCGCCGACCUCGUCGCCGACCCCAUCGCCCACGCGGACGCCCUCGCCCACGCCCACGAGGACCAGGACCCCGACCCCGACUCCGACCCGCACCCGAACGCCGACCCCGACCCCGACCCGCACGCCAACGCCGACCCAGAGCCCGACCUCGAGCCCCUCGCGCACGCAGACCCCGACCCAGUCGCCUACGUCCUCGGUCACGCCGACCCAGACUCCCUCCAUCACCCCCACCUCGACGCCGUCGGCUUCGCCCUCUACGACGCCCCUGGUCCUCAACUGGUGGUGAACGCUGACUUCUGGAACGUGGUUCCGUUCCCUCUCGUAGGCACGGCCGAUGAUUUGAAAGACCAAAUCUUCACCGGCCUGAACGAUGCGGUGCCUGAUACCACGUGGGAUAUCUACGUCACCAGCUUUGUAUCGGGAAGCAACACGCUCCAGGCCACCAUCCUCAUUUACUACUCGCCGCCCAGUCGGCGAUCGCAGUUGCAGGCCAACAUCUUCAUCAUCACCAGUAACGCGAUUGUGGCAAUCACUGACACGGCCGACUCGAGCGAUCAGUCGCUGUCGACCACCUACGUCUCGGCUUGCAACAUCCCGUCGCCCUCGCCGACGCAGUCGCCCACCAACACGCCGUCGCCCACGCAGACCCCGACCCCCACGCGCACGCGGACUCCUUCGCCGACGUCUACGCCGACGCCGACCCCCACCAGAACGCCCACGCCGUCGCCCACGCCGUCGCCCACGCAGUCGCCGACCAGCUCGCCCACGCAGUCACCCACCCGGUCGCCGACCCAGUCGCCCACCCAGUCGCCCACCAGCUCGCCCACGCAGUCGCCCACGCAGUCGCCCACCAACUCGCCGACCAACUCGCCGACCAGCUCGCCGACCAGCUCGCCCACGCAGUCGCCCACCCAGUCUCCGACGAGCUCGCCUUCGCCCACUCAGUCCCCGACGAGCACGCCAUCUCCCACGCAGUCUCCGACGAGCACGCCAUCUCCCACGCAGUCUCCGACGAGCACGCCGUCGCCCACGCAGUCGCCGACCAACUCGCCGACCAGCACGCCAACCAACUCGCCUACCAACUCGCCCACACAGUCGCCCACGCAGUCGCCCACGCAGUCGCCCACUAACUCGCCCACGCAGUCGCCCACGCAGUCGCCCACCCAGUCGCCUACGAGCUCGCCGUCGCCCACGCAGUCGCCCACGCAGUCGCCGACCAACUCGCCGACCAACUCGCCCACGUCGUCGCCGACCCGGUCGCCGACCAACUCGCCCACGCAGUCGCCGACCCGGUCGCCCACGCAGUCGCCCACGCAGUCGCCGACCAACUCGCCGACCAACUCACCCACGCCGUCGCCGACCCGGUCGCCCACGUCGUCGCCCACGCGGUCGCCCUCCAGCACGUCGUCGCCUACUCAGUCGCCCACCCAGUCUCCUUCCACGUCGCCCACACCCUCGGUCUCGCCUUCCAUCUCGUUCUCGCCCUCCAGGUCGCCCACAAGGUCGGUCACGCCCACCAUCUCUGUGACGCCGUCGGUCACGCCCACCAUCUCUGUCACCCCGUCGAUCACGCCCACCAUCUCUGUCACACCGUCCACCACCCCCAGCAACUCCCGUCAACCGUCCAUCACGCGCACGCCGACCCCCACCAUCUCGCACACGCCCUCGAUCACGCCCACCAUCUCCUUCACCCCGUCCAACUCGCCCACCAUCUCCUUCACCCCGUCCAACUCGCGCACCCCGACACCCACCAUCUCCUUCUCGAAGUCGGCAUCGCCCACCAUCUCGCUCACCCCGUCCGCCACACCCGCCAUCUCCUUCACCCCGUCCAUCACGCCCACCAACUCGCCCCCCAACUCGGCCACGCCCACCAACACGGUCACGCCCACCAUUUCGAGGGGACCAGGCCCGCAGCUCUCCCAGUCGAAAUCGCCGUCGCCCACCAAGACCUCCCCGUCGCCCACGCGCAGUCCGACCACGACCGUCACGCCCACCCGCACGCCCACCCGCACUCCCACCCGCACGCCCACCCGCUCGCCCUCCAAGUCAGCCUCACGCACGCCGACCCGCGCGCCCCAAUAA